AUGAAGGUGCCCGUGGCUGCCCUCGCCAUCCUCCUCUGCGCCAUGGCCCUCUGCAGCCAGGUCUUCUCUGCACCACUUGGCGCCGACACCCCAACGGCCUGCUGCUUCUCCUAUACCUCCCGGCAGCUUCCUCGCAAAUUCGUAGCCGACUAUUUUGAGACCAGCAGCCAGUGCUCCAAGCCCGGGGUCAUCUUCCAAACCAAAAAAGGCCGGGAGGUCUGUGCCAACCCCGAGGAUGCCUGGGUCCAGGAAUACAUCUCUGACCUGGAGCUGAGUGCCUGA